AUGACAAAAAGUAACUUUAUUCUGAACAAAGUCAAUGAUGAACAAACAAGUUUUUUAGUUUUCUUUGGUACAUUUGUAGAUACCCCUAAAUUGGGAGAGCUAAGGAUCAGAGAAAGAACAUCCAUCGGAGUUCUUGAUGGAAUCAUCAAAUUUGUGAAGAGAGACUCUUCCGAUCCAGUCAUGGACUGUUUAGAUUAUGAUGCUAGUCUAUCACCGGAUGACAUUUUAGUGGUGGAUAUAACGGGAGAAGACAAAUCCUGCUUGACCAGUUUUUACUUCCCAGGGUUUAUAGAUACGCAUAAUCAUAUCUCACAGUAUCCGAAUGUAGGAAUAUUUGGGAAUUCUACUCUAUUAGACUGGCUGGAGAAAUACACAUUUCCUAUGGAAGCAGCGCUAGCAAAUCAAGAUAUUGCAAGCGAAGUUUAUAAUAAAGUAAUCGGCAGGACGCUAUCUCAUGGCACCACGACAGUGGCUUACUAUAACACCAUUGAUGCGAAGUCUGCCAAGCUUUUAGCUCAGAUAAGCUCUGUGUUAGGACAGCGAGUGCUUGUUGGAAAAGUUUGCAUGGACGCCAAUGCACCAGAUUAUUAUAUUGAGGACACCAAAACCUCUUAUGAAAGUACAGUGAAAAUCAUCAAAUAUAUAAAAGAAACUCUUGGUGAUCCUCUGGUAAAUCCUAUAGUGACACCAAGGUUUGCGCCCUCCUGCUCAAGAGAAUUGAUGCAAAAAUUAUCCAAACUGGUGAAGGAUGAAGACCUACAUGUGCAAACGCACUUGUCAGAAAACAAAAAGGAGAUUCAAUGGGUCCAAGAACUGUUUCCUGAAUGUACGAACUAUACCGAUGUAUACGACAAAUACGGGCUGCUCACAGAAAAAACCGUAUUAGCACACUGUGUUCACUUGACAGACGCUGAAGCGAAUGUGGUGAGACAACGACGCUGCGGCAUCUCCCAUUGUCCUAUCUCUAACUCUUCUUUGACUUCAGGAGAGUGUAGAGUACGCUGGUUGUUGGACCAGGGCAUAAAAGUCGGGCUUGGUACCGACGUUUCAGCAGGUCAUUCUUGCAGCAUACUAGCUACUGGCAGACAGGCCUUUGCCGUUUCAAGGCAUCUGGCAAUGAAGGAAAGCGACAAUGUCAAAUUAUCAGUUUCAGAGUGCCUGUAUCUAGCAACUAUGGGAGGAGCUCAAGUCUUAAACAUGGAGGAUACCUUGGGUACAUUCGAGGUGGGUAAACAGUUUGACGUUCAAGCGAUCGAUACUGGCACUCCAGGGUCCAACGUCGACACAUUCCAUUGGCAACUACAAAAGCAAGAGCAAAACCAAGAUUUUUACAAAAAUCCUCCACUAAUUACUAAAGAAGACAUCAUCGCAAAAUGGUUUUUCAAUGGUGAUGAUCGUAACACUACCAAAGUUUGGGUAGCAGGCCGGGUGGUCCACCAGACUUGA